CUCUAUAAAUACCAGCCCAAACACACAACUGGAAAUCAUAGCAAACUACAAAGCUCUUACAUACAUUACAUUCUUGCAUACCAUACCACCUCUUCAAGCCUUUUACUAACCAUGUCGAACACCUGCGGCAACUGUGACUGCGCUGACAAGACCCAGUGCGUGAAGAAGGGAAACAGCUUCGGCCUUGACAUCGUUGAGACCGAGAAAAUCUCCGCUGAGACUAUCAUGAUGGAGGGGUCUGAGAACGACGGAAAGUGCAAGUGCGGAACCAGCUGCACCUGCACCAACUGCACUUGCGGUGGCCAUUAAGACGAGAUCUUAACACGGAAUUAGUUGGUUGAUUCUUUUGUUGGCGUUGCUUGCAAGAGGGUGAUUAGCUAAUUCUGAUAUCUCUCUAUCUAUCUAUACAAUAAAAGUCAUGUAACUGUAACACUAAGUACUGUCGAAUUGUGUUUGUUCUGUGCUUGUUUGUUGUAGAGUGUAAUAUAUGGUCAGGACUCGCGACUCCAGUGAGCCUGUGACCAUGCUCUGUGCUCUGUAACUUGUUAUGAAUCUAUAAAUUUGUGUUGUGUUAUAA